GUUUUCCUUAGAUCGUCUUCUUUAACGGUCAUUGAAUUUAAGCUUCAAAAAAUAAGUCUAAAAAUAAAGUGUAACCGACAGCCAAAAUGCCUAAAAGGUUUCCAUUAACCACUGCAGCACUACAUAGCCAGGAAGAAGGAUGUUUCCCCCGAAAACUCGACGACAAUGGAGAUGGUGGAGCCUGUUCCUCGAAAAAUACUCCUGCCCAGUAUCCUCUGGAAAUGGGUCAGAACGGCAAGAAGACCUGCUUAGGAAUCGAUGCCGGUCAAUCAAGUAGUUCCAGAACCUCAAAAUACAAGAUGAAGAUAAAAUAUAAUCAAAUGGAUCCUAUGGAGCCAAAUACAUCAAAAAGAAAAAGAGAAAUGACGCCUGAAAAAAAAACAAUAGUGGCGGAAACACCAAGGAAAAGAAUACAGAUCAAAUCCAAUUUCAAUAUCCCGCCGGUUAAAACAACAAAAGAUCCACUGGAAGGCCGAGCAAUACAAAUUAAUGAAAAAUUUGGUAUAUUGGACAAUGCAUUCCGAGUCGUGGAGGUAGUACGACCUACAGUCGAGUUGCCAGAUGAGGAUACUUCCGAUUCCGAAUACCUGCUAUUUUAAAUCAUAAAAACAUUUUAAUAAUAUUGACAAUAAGGACAUUCGAUUGUCCCGAUUUAAUAUAAUAUUUUAAAUUAAAACAAAAAUAAAUUAGCAUAUAUUGUAGUGAAAAGUAAAUAAUAAUAAGAUUAAUAAUGACGCCGGAGGGAUAUACGCGAGUGUACGUCGGCGGUCUCUAGACUCGGUCAAUGACGCUUCCAUAUUCACAGUCAUCGUCAUCUUCGUGAAUGCACGUAAUAAGUUUGAAGCUGCGAAAGUUCUACGUUACCACUGCAAUAAGAGUGGCUAAUAAUUAUAAAUCAUCUACUUUUUGCUUGUCCCCUCAAUGACUACUACAACCACUAUCACCACCACAGAAAUUCGAAGUAUCACCUGAUGGAAAAUUUAUUGCAGUCAUAGGAAAAAUCCGAGAAAUAUUUUUAUUAUCAGCUUUAACGAAAGAAUUGAUUCAUACUUCUAAGAUGAAUAGAAGAUGGCAGCCUAUAACUUUUACUCCAAAUACUAAAAAAUUAAUUACCCACGGAGACUCUGAAGAAAUAUAUAUAUGGGAUAUUGAUAGUCGAAGUUGCAUACACAGAGCAAUUGAUACCGGAUGUAUAUCAAGUACAUCAAUAGCAAUAUCAUCGAGUGGAUAGUUUUUAGCCACUGGAAGUAAGCAGGGAGUUGUAAAUUUGUAUGAAACAAGUAGCGUUUCACGUGAUCGAUUUCCCAAGCCAUCUAAAAUAAUUUUGAACCUCGUGACUGCAAUAACGUCACUGAAAUUUAAUUCCACCUGCGAAAUAUUGGCAAUGGGGUCCAAGUACAAAGACAAUGCCUUCAAAAUGGUCCAUUUGCCGUCUUUCAAUUUUUUCUCAAAUUUUCUUACCUUCCGGACAACAAUUUACUCUCUUGAGGACGAUGACCACAAUUACUUCUCAAAGUUUUUUUAUUAAUUUAUAUUAUUUGUAAAAUAAAAAUUAAAAAUUACAGAUUAAUUAAAAAUUUAUCUCAGCACAGUAAUUAUAAUUGCGUUAAUUGCAUUUUUAUUUCCAGCGAGUUUUCGAAAUUUCAUAAAUUCUAUUAGAAUGACAUCUUACA